GGAAGAGGAAGAGGAGGGUUUUAUUGCUGUGAGCUGGUCUCAGUGUUGGUGUGAUGUCAGUGAGCAGCAGGAUGGAGGAAUCGUCUCUGCUGUGUCUGCUCUUUCUGAUCUCACUGCUGAGCUGCAGCACAAACCAAGCUCGUCUGACUGUGACUCCCAGCAGCUCUCAGUUCUUUAAAGGAGACUUUGUGUCUCUGAGCUGUGAGGAGGACGACAGCUCUGCUGGAUGGACUCUGAGGAGAAACACAAGCAAACGACAGAGGACUCAGUGUGGAGAUGGGUGGGGAAGAUGGUCUGGUUCUUCCUGUAACAUCACUGUUUUCCUAUCAGACAGUGGAGUUUACUGGUGUGAGUCCAGAGAGGGCGCCAUCAGUAACAUGGUUAACCUCACAGUCUCUGGUGGAUCAGUGAUCCUGCAGAGUCCUGUCCUCCCUGUGAUGGAGGGAGAUGACGUCACUCUGCUCUGUCAAACAAAGACCACUCCCUCCAACCUCCCAGCUGCUUUCUAUAAAGAUGGCUCCCUCAUCAGGAAGCAGCCUACAGGUCACAUGACCAUCCAGCAUGUUUCCAGGUCUGAUGAAGGCCUCUACAAGUGUGACAUCAGCGGUCAUGGAGGGUCUCCAUCAAGCUGGAUCACUGUCACAGGUAGACCUGAAUCCACAGCCCCACCCAAAACCUCAACUCCUCCCUCCUCCUCAGCACAGCCUCCUGACUCCUCCUCCUUCCAGCUUCCAUUCAGAUCUUCAGUUAUUGCACCACCUGGCACCACUGCUCUGUCCACCACCUCAUCUUUGCCUCUUGAUACCUCCGUCCUCCACCUUGUGAUCAGACUGCUCAUCCAUCUGGUGGUGUUCUGUCCAUAUUUCAUCUCCACUCUCCUGAUGGUGUCUUUAUAUCGACACAGAGCCUCAGGAAAUGACCUUUGUGCCUCAAUCCCACCCACUCAGCCUGAGCAGGGAUGGGAUAUGGAUGAGGAGUAUGAUGAUCGCACAGCCAGAGAGGCCUAUCCAACGGUCUUCACGGCGCUUCUGAUUGAUUUCUUGUCUCCAUCCAGCUGGAUCACUGUCACAGGUAGACCUGAACCCACAGCCCCACCCAGGACCUCAACUCCUCCCCCCUCCUCAGCACAGCCUCCUGACUCCUCCUCCUUCCAGCUUCCAUUCAGAGUGCUCCUCCAUAUUGUGGUGUUCUGUCCAUAUUUCAUCUCCACUCUUCUGAUGGUGUCUUUAUAUCGACGCAGACCCACAGGAAAUGACCUUCAUCACUCAAUCCUGCUCACUCAGCCUGAGCAGGUAUUGGAUGAGUAUGAUGAUGUCAUCACUGAUGUCACCACAGAGCAUCAUUUCUGA